CCAACUUCACCCCAUCGCUACGCAUCACAAUGUCCCUCCGAGCCCCCAUCGCAGCUCUGCGGCGCGCGCCGCGCGCCGUUUCAUCGCUCCAUGCGCUUCGCUUUGCGCCGCGCGCCGCGGCGCUGUCAACCUCGGCGAUCCGGCGCGAUGAGAAGCUCGUCGAGAGCGUUAUGGCGACCGCGCGCCAGAACGUCCAGGACGGAAAGCGCGCCCCGACGGCCCACGACGGCGAGCAGGGAGUCCGUCUGCUCAUGUUUGGAAAGCCCGGUUCUGGCAAGGGGACGUUGAGCGCAAAACUCGUCGAGGCCUACGACAUUGCCUUCAUUUCCACUGGCGACCUGCUGCGCCAGGAGAUCGCAGCCAAGAGCGACGUCGGCAAGAAGGCCGAGGAGAUUGUGCGCACCGGCGGCCUCGUAUCCGACGAGCUCAUGCUCGAGAUGGUCGUCGGCGAGCUCGAGCACCACCACGGCCAGAGCUGGAUCAUCGACGGCUUCCCCCGCACACUCAAGCAGGGACAGCUCCUCAACGAGGUCCUCCAGAAACAGGUACGCCGUGCACGGCCGUCCAGCCGGCGCCAGCUGACGCCCCAGCGCCGCCCCUUCAACAUGGUCGUCAACUUGAACGUCCCUGACGCGGUCAUCAUGCAGCGCAUUGCAGCCCGCUGGGUCCACCUGCCCUCUGGCCGCGUCUACAACGACACGUACUCGGCGCCCAAGGUGCCCGGCAAGGACGACGUGACGGGCGAGCCGCUCAGCAAGCGCCCAGACGACACGCCCGAGGUCUUCUCCAAGCGUCUGCAGUCGUACUACAAGCAGACGGCGCCGCUGCUCGAGUUCUUCGCACACGAGUACCCCGACGUCCUGCACUCGCUCACCGGAUCCUCGUCGGACCAGUUAUGGCCCCUGCUGCGCAAGCUCGUCGACAAGGCCGGCAUGGAACCCCGCUUCGAGCACGUCCGCAAGCAGGCCGACGAUCUGGCGGAUACCGCCCAUGUUCCGCUCGACGACGGCAAGGUUGCUCACGUCGGCCAUGACGGCAAUGGCUCGGCGAGGUAGGCGUGAAUGGGGACGGUGCAGAAGGGAGGUAGCAGAACAAGUGGUAUAGGUUGAUGGUAGAGGAUGGCACCCAGCGCUGCCCGCGCUUAGACUGGGAUACCUGGGAUAGCAUGAUAGACAACAGUGCGAUUCAGGACGAUGUACAAUGAUG